AUUUCAUCGUUUCUUGGAUGUCAACAGCCACAAAAUAGAAAAGACAAUAGAAGGAAUUUAUGAAAAAUUCAUCAUUCAUUCUGAUCUCAACAAAGCUCUUAGUUGGAAGAGAUUAACUGAGGAGUUUCUGAAUGCAUCACUUCCCAGCAUAAAGAAAGUAAAGACAGAUGCACAUUAUUCCAUACUGUCACUUCUUCUGUGUCUGUCUGAUUCUCCUUCAAACAACAAUUAUGUGGAAACACCAAGAGAGAAAGAAGUGGAGAAGGAUGAUUUUGACUGGGGAAAAUACUUGCUGGAAGGGGAAGAAAUUGACCUUGGUCCAAACAUGGAUACACCAAGUUGGUCUGAAGAAAGUGAAGACGAAGAUGAUCAACAGUCCUUAAGUAGAGAAGACUCUGGGAUUCAGGUGGACAGGACACCAUUAGAAGAACAAGAUCAAAACAGGAAUCUGGGGCCACGUGUCAGCUGGAAAGAUGAGCCAGAUGGCCGAAGCUGGCUGGAGCAGCACGUGGUCCGCCCUUACUGGACUGCCGAGCCCUCGCGGCUCCCUCACAGUCUACACUUGCACUCCAGUUUAGCUGCUGUCUGGGAUCAACAUUUGUACAGCAGUGAUCCACUAUAUGUUCCAGAUGACAGAGUGUUUGUUACUGAGACACAGGUUAUUCGGGAAACCCUAUGGUUACUUUCAGGGGUAAAAAAGCUCUUUAUAUUUCAGUUGAUAGAUGGGAAGGUAACUGUGAGAAACAAUAUUAUAGUAACUCACUUGACACAUAGCUGUUUACGGUCUGUGCUGGAACAAAUAGCAGCAUACGGCCAGGUUGUUUUUCGACUGCAGGAGUUCAUUGAUGAAGUCAUGGGACACAGCUCCGAAAGCAUGUUACCUGGAAAUGGUUUCGUUCCUAAGAAGUCGACUGAAGCUCCCUUUAGAACCUACCAGGCUUUCAUGUGGGCCCUGUACAAAUAUUUCAUUAGUUUCAAAGAAGAACUUACAGAGAUUGAGAAGUGCAUCAUCAGUAAUGAUACUACAAUAACUCUUGCAGUAGUGGUGGACAAGUUGUCACCUCGAUUGGCUCAGCUCAAGGUUCUGCACAGAGUGUUUAGUACUGGAGUAGCAGAAGUUCCACCUGACACUCGAAAUGUCGUCCGGGCAUCUCAUCUGCUCAACACCCUGUACAAGGCCAUUCUUGAAUAUGACAAUGUGGGCGAAGCCUCUGAGCAAACCGUCUCCCUUCUGUUCUCUCUCUGGGUGGAAACAGUGCGGCCCUAUCUGCAGACAGUGGAUGAGUGGAUUGUGCAUGGGCACCUGUGGGAUGGUGCCAGGGAGUUCAUCAUCCAGAGAAGACAUGCAGAAAGAAAAAGCUUGUACACCCUCUUUCUGGAAUCUGUACAGUCACGUCUUCAACACAAAGAAGAUUUCACUCCACUGGUCCUUACUGAGCAACAGGCAACCAAAGAGAACUUAGUUAAGAUGCAGUCCAUUGCUGAAAGACACCUUGAACUGGAUGAUGUUCAUGAUCCACUGCUGGCCAUCAACUUUGCAAGGUUGUAUUUGGAGCAGAGUGACUUUCACGAGAAGUUUGCUGGUGGUGAUGUAUGUGUGGAUAGAUCAUCAGAAUCUGUGACGUGCCAGACUUUUGAAUUAACACUGAGAUCUUGCCUCUAUCCUCAUAUUGAUAAACAGUAUCUAGAUUGCUGUGGAAAUCUCAUGAAAACUCUAAAAAAGGAUUACAGGUUGGUAGAGUACUUACAGGCCAUGAGGAAUUUUUUCUUAAUGGAAGGUGGAGAUACGAUGUAUGACUUCUACACGUCAAUUUUUGAUAAAAUAAGAGAAAAGGAAACCUGGCAGAAUGUGUCGUUUCUUAAUGUCCAACUCCAAGAAGCAGUAGGACAGCGUUAUCCUGAAGAUAGUUCACGUCUGUCUAUAUCUUUUGAAAAUGUUGACACGGCUAAGAAGAAACUACCUGUUCAUAUCUUAGAUGGUCUGACCCUAAGCUAUAAGGUCCCAUGGCCUGUGGACAUUGUUAUAAGUUUGGAAUGUCAAAAAAUUUAUAAUCAAGUGUUCCUUCUCUUACUGCAAAUAAAGUGGGCAAAAUAUAGCUUGGAUGUUUUACUAUUUGGUGAACUGGCUAGUGCUGCUGAAAGACUGCAACUGAAAGAAGGCCUCCCACACGAACAAGACGCAGUUGCUCAGUAUGGGCCACAGAAGGAACCAGUGAGACAGUGGAUCCACCGUAUGUUCCUCUUAAGAGUGAAGCUCAUGCAUUUUGUGAACAGCUUACACAACUACAUCAUGACCAGGAUUCUUCACAGUACAGGGCUGGAGUUUCAACAUCAAGUCGAGGAAGCCAAGGAUUUAGAUCAGUUGAUUAAAAUUCACUACAGGUAUUUGUCUACCAUUCAUGAUCGAUGUCUGCUGAGAGAAAAGGUCAGCUUUGUGAAAGAAGCCAUCAUGAAGGUAUUGAACUUGGCUCUCAUGUUUGCAGACGGUUGGCAAGCAGGCCUCGGGGCUUGGCAAAUGGAAUCAAUAGAGAAAAUGGAGUCUGAUUUUAAAAACUGCCAUAUGUUUCUCGUAACCAUCUUAAACAAAGCUGUCUGUAGAGGAUCCUUUCCCCAUUUGGAAUCUCUAGCACUGUCUCUCAUGGCUGGCAUGGAACAAAGUUAAAUAUCUUCAGAGCAAUAAAUACCUCAGACUUCAUCUUCAUCCAUGUUCAUUUCCACCAUAUGCGGCUGAGACGUUGGAAUCUGUUUACUUUGGUUCAUUUUAAAAACUGUUGUCCACAGUCUAGACAAAUAGAUUAUAGGGUUUUUUUCUCUGGAAUUAUUGGGUAGAGUAUAGGAUUAUGUAUAUAAAAUUGUGUAAAUAAUAUAAAAUGUGUAUAGGCUGCUUCCUGUCAUAUUUCCCACUGGAAGCUAUAGAUUUAUGGUAUUGAUACCUUAAAAUAUAAAUUAUGUCAUCUUUUGAGAAUGUAAUUAUUGACAUUAAAAAUAAAUUAAAGCACUUAAAAUUCUUUUAUUCUCCUUUUGCAGCAGCACCUUGGUCAUAGAAGUUUUUUAUACAGAGUUUACAUGCCAUCUUCCCUAAAAGUUGUUUUAGAUUUGGAUGUCCUACAAAUGUUUAUAUUUUUAUGUGCCUGGGAAGUUUCGUAAUGGAAAAUAGCUUCAACUAAUAUCAAUAAAUGUGAAAAGCCAACAUCA